CGUGUGAGAGCAGUGGCGCCGGCAGGUGCGAGCGGGAAGAAGAGGGAGAGGAGAGGAUUGGACCUGGCGCAUAGUCUCAGCGGCGGCGUGGCAUGACGAUGGCGAUUGGACUCGGUGGCAGUUCCUUCUCACCACGGUGCUUGGCCCGUGCGUGGCUGGAGGAGGCACCGUGAUGGAGAUGGUGCUGGUGGUAGGAGGAUGGUUGCAAACGGUGUUAAAAUGCCAUCCACGGUAUCCCUCCCAACACCUUCAACCAAACAAAAAACUGGGUCGAACCCAACCCAUCAACCAAACAUGAAAUGGGUCGGACCCAACCAUGAAAACUGGGACAGAGCCAACCCAUUCCACUUGGUCCCAAAACCAAACACAUGCUAUAGUAGUACAACGAAGGAAGUAUUUUCAAGCUGUGUUCACUUUCUUCCUUUGUCGUUUUUUGAAACAUUGUAAUUUUUUUGAAACAUUUCUUUCUUUGUUGUUGUCACCUAUCACACCAUUCUACAUUUUCACACGACUUGAGUGCACCUCUUCCAAUUUUCUCCACAAAGGGGAGACUCUUAUCGUUGACUUAUGUAAACCUUCUUAACUAACUUCCAGCACACCCCUCACUAUAGGACUUGUCUACCUCGUUUCCCACCUCAAAAGUCUUGGGCAUCACUAUCAUCUCCUAAUGUUCUCUUCUAUAUUUUCAAGUUGUGUUUCACUUUCUUUCCUGUCGUUGCUAGCUACUCCAUCUGUCCCAAUUUAUAGGUUUUGUUUGACUUUUCUAUAUACGCUUAUGUCUAGAUACAUAGGUUCUUACAGCUGCUAAGCUAAAUCUUCACCAUAGGUGAUAUGACCGUGGUAUGUGCAGCAACUGCCGUGCACUCCUCCUUGAUCGCUGUCAUCUCUCAUUCAGUUGGCAAGUCGGGGACCUCUCCUAAGCAACACUCAUGGCUGGCAUGGUGGGUUCAGCUGUUGUGCAAGAGACCGUGAGCAGAAUUACCUCCUACCUGUUCAGCAAGUGUGACCAUGACAAAAGGACGGCAUCCACAGGGCAUCACAUUGAGAGGCUUGAGAUGGCGCACACCGAAUUAGAGCUUGCACUUGAGAGAUCUGCAAGGAUGCCAAUCACAGACGUGUCCCUUCUACGGCGCAGGAAGCUGUUGGAGCGUGCCUUCAAAGACUGCGGAGAUCUGCUACACAGGUGCAUCAAGCAGCAAACAAUGGACUUGAUAGAGUUCGAACAAUCAUCUGUGUCCUCCUAUUUUACUGGGUUUUGCAAAGACAACAUAAGCUACUCAGAUGUUCGAAGAAACGAGUGGUUUGCGGAGUGCGCCAACCGUUUCCUCAGAGAUGUGGAGUCAGGAUGCUCACCUCUGCGGUGUGUGUUCUCUAACCCUCUUGUCUGGCAACUUCUAGAGGGCAAAACUCUAGAGUACAAGAUGGUGCAAGGAAGUAUACUCCGGUGUCUGCACAUACAAAGCAUGUGUGUGGAAGGGCGUGGUGUGGAGGCGACGCUGGAAUUUUGCUAUGAAGACCGGAAGACACCGAUGACAAGUUUUUCUCUCAUGCUGAUGCUACGAUUGUCAGAGAGCACGGACAUUAUCGGAACUGCUAUAAGAUGCUUGCAGUCAUUUACGUCUUCGAUGAAGGAUGUGGCUGAAGCAGUAAUGAGAGAACUCACCCAACUGCCUCAGCAAGACAUUUCCCACUCACAUGCUGCUUCAUAUUUCAUCAUAAAAGAUUUGUGUUCCUACGACACCCACUUUUGGCGCCCGGAUCCACUAUGUUGCAAGCCAGACGGGUGUCCUACCAGCUACAUCCCAUCAGAAUUAUCAUGCAAAUUCCCGGAGCAGGUUAUUCUGAUACACAUCAAAUGCUACGUUUCAGCCUUUGAGUGCAGCAGCCUGCAUAACACAGCUAAUGCAACUGCAAGAAACCUCGUGGGUCACUGGCCGCCUCUGAAGCUGGAAGUGGGCUUCGCGCCUCACCUGUUCCAAGAAUGCAUGCAAGGGAGAACUUCAGUUGAGAUAAUCGGAGGGAAGGCAGAACAUAUAAAUGAUAGCCUACAGCAAAUGGAUAAGAUGGUACGAAGAAAUGCAAUCAACCGUUACAUUUGUCAACCUGAUCUGAUGGAUUAUAGAAUGGGUUGGAAUCCAGGACACGGCGCUGCCUAUUCAUCGUGCAAAAAUCAGGAACUGAAAUAGCAAGUGCAUCAAAAGUCGACUCUGGAUUUGAGACCCAGCGAGCUGCAAAGAGAAGGCGGUCGAAGUUAGAGGCAUGAAAGUGCAGGAACUCAUGCUUAGCCUAUGUAUAAGAUGGUGUUUAGGUUCAAUCAUGUACUGAGCAAGUAGCAUUUUCCUCUUUGAUAUGUAACUUCAUUAACUACCACUGAAACAAAUCUUCUUUUUUGUGUUUGGUAUCAGGGGUUUUGGUCAUGUAACAACUGUAAUUUUAUUUUCUCAUUUAUAAUGAAGCUGAAUUUUGACGCA